UCCUAUGAUCCGCGCUCCGAUCGACCAGAUAGCGGAGGGGGGUAGUUAAGAUCAAGAGGACCACUGAGCGGCUCGGAGUCUCUGUCCUGAACCCUCAUAAUGCAUGGGGGCAAGAGAGGGCUGGUGGCACCGCAGAACACCUUUCUGGAAAACAUCGUCCGGCGCUCCAGCGAAACCAGUUUCCUGCUGGGAAAUGCACAGAUCGUUGAGUGGCCGGUCGUUUACAGCAAUGACGGAUUCUGCAAGCUGUCGGGAUACCACAGAGCCGAAGUCAUGCACAGGAGCAGCACGUGCAACUUCAUGUAUGGUGACCUGACUGAUAAGAAGACUAUAGACAAAAUUCGAAAGACCUUUGAUAACUAUGAGUCCCAUUUCUAUGAGGUGCUGCUCUACACAAAGAAUAGAACACCAAUAUGGCUUUACAUGCAGGUCGCCCCAAUCAGAAAUGAGAAUGACAAGGUGGUGCUUUUCCUCUGCACCUUCAGAGACAUCACACUUUUCAAACAGCCGAUUGAGGAUGAAACGACGAGAGGAUGGACAAAGUUUGCCAGACUGACACGAGCACUGACCAACAAUCGCAAUCUGGUGCAGCAGUUAGCGCCGCUGAGCAAGACUGAGGUCAGCCACAAGCCCUCCAGACUGGCUGAGGCCCUCCAGCUGGGAUCAGACAUUCUCCCUCAGUACAAACAGGAGGCCCCCAAGACCCCUCCACACAUCAUCCUCCACUACUGCACCUUCAAGACAACCUGGGACUGGAUCAUCCUCAUCCUCACCUUCUACACCGCCAUCAUGGUGCCCUAUAACGUCUCCUUCAAGACGAAGCAGAACAAUCUGGCCUGGCUGGUGCUGGACAGCGUCGUCGACGUCAUCUUUCUGAUCGACAUCGUGCUCAACUUCCACACCACGUUUGUGGGUCCUGCCGGAGAGGUCAUUUCAGACGCGAGGCUAAUCCGAAUGAACUACCUGAAGACGUGGUUUGUCAUCGACCUGCUGUCCUGUCUGCCCUACGAUAUCAUCAAUGCCUUUGAAAACGUGGAUGAGGGACUCAGCAGCCUGUUCAGCUCCCUAAAGGUGAUCCGCCUCCUCCGGCUGGGCCGAGUGGCCCGGAAGCUGGACCACUACCUGGAGUACGGAGCAGCCGUCCUGGUUCUGCUGGUGUGCGUCUUCGGCCUGGUGGCCCACUGGCUGGCCUGCAUCUGGUACAGCAUCGGGGACUACGAGGUCAUCGAUGAGACCACCAACACCAUUAAGACAGACAGCUGGCUCUACCAGCUGGCCCUGAGCAUCGGGACUCCUUACCGCUACAAUACCAGUGGAACAGGACAGUGGGAAGGUGGUCCCAACAAGGACACGCUGUACAUUUCCUCUCUGUACUUCACCAUGACGAGUCUCACCACCAUCGGAUUUGGCAACAUCGCUCCGGCCACGGAUGGCGAGAAGAUUUUCUCUGUGGCUAUGAUGAUGGUGGGCUCGCUGCUGUACGCAACCAUCUUUGGAAAUGUCACCACCAUCUUCCAGCAGAUGUACACCAACACAAACCGCUACCACGAGAUGCUCAACAACGUGCGCGACUUCCUGAAGCUCUAUCAGGUUCCUAAAGGUCUGAGUGAGAGGGUCAUGGACUUCAUCGUCUCCACCUGGGCCAUGUCUAAGGGCAUUGACACAGAUAAGGUUCUCUCAAUUUGUCCCAAAGACAUGCGGGCGGACAUCUGCGUCCACCUCAACAGGCAGGUGUUCAACGACCACCCGGCGUUUCGCCUGGCCAGCGACGGCUGCCUGCGCUCUCUGGCCGUGGAGUUUCAGACCACACACUGCGCGCCCGGAGACCUCAUCUUCCACAUCGGAGAGAGCGUGGACACCCUCUGCUUUGUGGUCUCCGGUUCACUAGAGGUCAUCCAGGAUGAUGAGGUCAUUGCAAUACUAGGUAAAGGUGAUGUGUUCGGAGACGUGUUCUGGAAAGAGACCACGCUGGCCCGGGCUUGUGCGAAUGUCCGAGCUUUGACUUACUGCGACCUGCACGUCAUCAGGAGGGACGCUCUGAUGAGGGUACUGGAGUUUUACACGGCGUUCGCCAACACGUUCUCCCGCAACCUCAUCCUCACCUGCAAUCUACGAAAACGGAUAAUCUUCAGAAAAAUCGCUGAUGUGAAGAGGGAGAAGGAGCGCGAGAGGAACGAGGUGACUCUCUCCAUUCCUGACGACCACCCGGUCCGCAAGCUGUUCCAGAGGUUCAGGCAGCAGAGAGACACUCAAACACCCGGAGAGGCUCACGCUUACUUUGAUCAUAACUGUGUGCAGGUGGAGCAGCAGCAGCACCAUCACCCCGACACAAACUCUUACACGCCGUGUCAGUCUGUAUCUUCUCAGCAGCAGGAGUACAACUCUCCGCUACAGAGUAAUGCACUCUGCACAGGAGGAGGGAGUGCAGGCGGCUUGGCUGCACCUCCACAAGCAUUUGUCCAUGAGGAAUCAGAGCAAAGCUGCACACAAGAGGCUGGGCAGUCUAUAUCAAGGCCUUGUGCAGAGAAUCAGCUAUGUCAGAGGGUCAGCAGCCCUGCACGCAGCAGCGGUGCAGGUGGAGGGGGAGCUUUAGGCGGUGCAACCAGCAGCAGAGGUGCACGAGGCUGGGCAAAGUUCAGAAACGCCACUUCAGCUCCUUCUUCAGCUCCACCGCCUCCUGCCGUCGAGCAAGAAAAGCAGCCACAGAAAGCAGAGGAGUGGCGUGAAGGAUCCCAGUCGUCUGAACGGUUGGCAGCUGACAACAAGACCCAGGAUUCAGAGGAGAUGGGGAGCGCAGAGGGUGGCAACGGCGCCGGAGAAGCAGGUGAAGAAACAAGCGCCCUGCACAAAACUGACUCCUGUGACAGUGGUAUCACAAAGAGCGAUCUACGCAUCGACCGAGCUGGAGACUCAAGAAACUCCUUUGAAAGAAGCCCGAUGGAAAAGAGCCCGAUGGAGAGAAACCCAUUCGAGCACAGCCUCGGGGUCGACCCCCUCAAACACUCACUCGUCCAGCCGGCGUCCGAACAAGCGCUCCUUCAGACGACCCUGCAGGAGGCCAAGCUGGAGCUGAAAGGGGACAUUCAGAUCCUGAGCGGCCGCCUGUCAGUCCUCGAGUCUCAGGUGAGCGAGAUCCUAAGGCUGCUGUCUGUAAAGAGGAGACUCUCGCUGCCACCGACUUCUUCCCCGAAGGCCAGAAUGAAAAGUCAGGACUCAGCCGCUGCCUCUAAGCCUGUCACACCGGAAGCAGAUGAUGGGCCUUUUUGAGUUCAGUAGUUUUAAAACCCUGAAUCUGUUUAAAAAAAACAAAACAGAUUUAUAGAAGCACCAGUUUGCAUGUCCUGCUGGACUCUGGCCUGCCAAAGACAUUUCUUGCAUUAAACACUUGACUGCAUGCAGAAAUUCCUUUCAUAUUACCUGAGCACUGCAAAAACCCAGGGGUUGUUCUACAAGUCUUUGAUUUAUGUGACAAUUUUAUGGUCCUGUGUGUGCUACAUUUGAGAAUACCAAGAAGGAUACAGGAUCAAUGGGUUAUCAACUAUGUGACACUAUCAAACAGUAAUGUUAGCUAUAGGACGUGGUUGAAGGCGAACAUUAGCUGUUGGCUAAUGGUAGCUAAUGGGUUAUAAAUUAUGUGACACUAUCAAACCGUAAUGUUAGCUAGGAUGUGGUUGAAUGCUAACAUUAGCUACUGUAUAACGGUAGCUAAUGGGUU